CCCACGUUGUUGACUUUGGAGGAGAGGGAACAGUGCAGAUUUGUCUGUAUGACACUGAGAAAACCUUCCAUCGGAUAACACCCGAUUUCAAAUCAAUCGCAAUCAGCCCCAAUAAAAAGCCACCAUCUACACCAAGUUUGUGGCCGGUGCGGUGACAUUUCCACUUGCGGCCUAGUAUUUCCACACAAGUCCGAUUUAUUUAUUAAAAACAAAAAAAAACAAAAACAAAAAAAAAAGCAUUUUUGUUUUUUUAUUCCCGUGAACUUUCAAGAUGCAAUGACCUGUAUUGAGAAGGACUUUCUUUUCUUCAGUUCUUCGAUUUUAUAAACGCCUUUUUUUUUCUUCCGCUUGAUUGCACCAGCUCUAGAUCCUAGGUUCUUCUCUAUGUCCUCUCGUGCUCUCAGGUACGAACUAAUUUUUAGUUUUCUGUUUGAAAUUUAGAUGGUUUUGUAUUUUUUUCUUUUCUCCAAGGUUUCUUGUUGCUUAGUUUCUAGAAUCUUUGUGUAGGUUUAGUUAUGCUGGGUUGGGAAAAGAUUUGGCUUUUUAAUUGUCAGCCUCCAAAUUUGACAGCUUUUUCUAUAUGGAUUGUUCCAUGUCUGUCAAUUCUUAAUAAAGAUUACAGAGAAAACCUGUUUUUGUGUUGAAUUCUAUGGUCUGUGAUUAGGUUGUAAGUUUGGCCUGUAAAAUAAUAAAGUAAAUUAAAAUUAUGGGUUCACAGUUCAAUGGGUUCCUUAAUUCAACUAAUGGUUUCAAGUUUGAUAAUGGGUUUAUUUUGCCUAAUUCAAAUGGAUACUCAAAAUUUAAAAUUUCUAAUGGGGUGGGAUCAAAUGACCAAUUUUUAGAUUUCAGCUCUAUAGGUGUCCCGUUUUUACCUUCUCUAGGUUUGGAUAAUUCUAGCACUUCUCCGUCAUUUUUGAGCAUGGACAAAGAGGGAGAUUCUUUCUCUCCUUCUGAUGACAGUGACUUCUCCGACACCGUUCUCAAGUACAUAAGUCAGGUGCUUUUGGAAGAGGACAUGGAAGAGAAGCCCUGUAUGUUCCAUGAUUCGUUGGCUCUUCAAGCGGCGGAGAAAUCUCUUUAUGAAGUUCUUGGUGAGAGCUAUCCCCCACGAAAUCAAGCCCGUCCUUGUAGUGAUCGAAGUGUUGACAGCCCUGAUAACUGUUCUUUUGGUGCUUCCAGUGAUCAUAGCACUUAUACUGGUUCUAGUUCCUGUACUAGCAAUUCAAUUGAUUCUUGGUGGAAUGGUGAUUUUGGGGAAAACAACAAUAAACCGUCUUUGUUGCAAACAAGUAUUCCUGAAAACUUUGUUUUUCAGUCUACUGUGAAUACUGGUUCUCAGUCUUCAGCUCGUUUUCAAAAUGCUAGUGCUAAUAAUGGGAAUGGAUUGGUGGGCUCUUCUAUGAGUAAGCUUUCAAUUCCAAACUAUUUUAGUCAGAGUGAAUUGGCAUUGCAGUUCAAGAGGGGGGUUGAAGAAGCUAGUAAGUUCCUACCCAAAGGUAAACAGCUGACUAUUGAUUUUGGGAGCAAUGGAUGGACUUCAGAGUUGAAGCAGAAGGCUCCGAAGAUGGCAGUCAAAGUGGAGAGUGAUGGGAAGGAGUACUCACCGCCUCGGUUGACAGGAAAGAAGAAUCAUGUGCGAGAAGAUGAAGAUAUAGAAGAGGAGAGGAAUUACAAACAAUCGGCAGUUUUUGGGGAUGAGAUUGAGCUAUCAGACAUGUUUGAUAAGGUGUUGAUUUGUUCUGGGAGAAAAGGGCAGUCUUCCGCUUGUAAUGCUGACAAGACUUUGCAGAAUGGACACAGCAAGACAUUGCAGCAGAAUGAGCAAACAAAUGGAGCCAGUAGUGGGAAGGCUCGUGGCAAGAAACAGGGUAGGAAGAAAGUAGUGGAUUUAAGGACUCUUCUGAUUUUAUGUGCACAAGCUAUCUCGUCUGAUGACAUCGUGACUGCUAAGGAACUGAUAAAGCAAAUUAGGCAGCAUUCUUCGCCCGUUGGUGAUGGGUCUCAGAGAUUAGCACAUAGCUUUGUUGAUGCCCUUGAAGCACGCAUGGCUGGUACUGGAACUCAGAUUUAUACCUCUCUGGGUGCUAAAAGAACGUCAGCUGCUGAUAUGUUAAAAGCUUACCAAGUUUAUAUUUCAACCUGUCCAUUCGUGAAGAUGGCAAUUUUUUUUGCCAACAACAAUAUUUUGGAGGUAGCAGAGAAAGCAGCAACACUUCAUAUUAUAGACUUUGGUAUUUUUUACGGUUUUCAGUGGCCUGCUUUAAUCCAUCGCCUUGCAAACAGACCCGGUGGUCCUCCAAAAUUACGCCUUACAGGAAUAGAAUUUCCCCAACGUGGCUUCCGGCCUGCUAAAGGAGUCCAGGAGACUGGGCAUCGCUUGGCAAGGUAUUGUGAGCGUUACAAUGUUCCAUUUGAGUACAAUGCUAUUGCGCAGAAAUGGGAGACAAUCGGAACUGUGGACCUCAAGAUUAAUUCCAAUGAGGUUGUUGCUGUGAAUUGUCUGUUUCGGUUUAGGAACCUAUUAGAUGAGACGGUAGUGUUGAACAGUCCAAGGGAUACUGUUCUGAACUUGAUUCGGAAGAUAAAUCCAGAUAUUUUUGUUCAUAGCAUUAUUAAUGGGUCCCAUAAUGCCCCCUUUUUUGUCACACGGUUCCGUGAGGCACUCUUCCAUUUCUCAGCCCUAUUUGAUAUGUGUGAAACGGUUGUCCCUCGUGAAGAUCAUAUGAGGUCGAUGCUUGAACAAAAGUAUUAUGGGCGGGAAAUCAUGAAUACUGUGGCCUGCGAAGGCACAGAAAGAGUAGAGAGACCUGAGUCAUACAAGCAGUGGCAGGUUCGUAACAUGAGGGCUGGGUUUACGCAGCUUCCAUUAGACCCUGAACUCAUGAAGAAAGUGAGAGAUAGGGUAAAGGAGCGCUACCACAGCGAUUUUAUGGUGGAUGUGGAUGGCCAGUGGAUGUUGCAGGGAUGGAAGGGUCGAAUUAUCUAUGCAUCUUCUGCGUGGAUACCUGCUUCGGACUCAAACUACUUAAACAGAUCAAUUAAUGGAAGUCUUUCCAGUUUAGGGGCAAGCUUAGUGUGAUCAUCGUAAAACCCAGGAAUUGACAUCGAUCUUUAGGAUGGUGGUUCUGCAAUGGCCCGGCAGAAGUUUUGUUUUUACCUCAGAAUGAACGAAGGUUAAGGAGCCGGGGUUUGCAUUAGUUACCAUUUGUGACAUGGGAGUAAUUCAUGCUGGAGUUUCAUCAUGACCUGGCAGUGGCUUGUAUUUGAUCAAGCCGAGUUGAAGUAAUAUUCUGCACAAUGACAAUUCCUUGAAUGGCUCCUUAAUAUAAGAGCAUAUAUUUGAUUGUGUCAUAUGCUACAUAGCUUUGUACAUGGGCCCUUCGGCGCCUUGGACCUAGUCUUGUACCCUAAUGUAGUUAGUGUAACUUCAUAGAUGAUGUAGUGUACUAUUUUUAUCCACAAUCCAUGGCCUUUGUUCAUAGUCUUACGACAUUGAAUUUGUGGCAUUGGCUGCUGCUGCCAACAUACUUUCUUUUCAUCUUUUGGGGAUCGUCUUACCCUGACUAUACCAUUUGCAUUUCAACAUGUUGGAGAAAUUUUUCUACAACAUAGAUAAAAAAAACCAGGCGGUGGCCCCAUUAGUCUACAAAAUUUGAGGUUGAGAUAUUUGGAUAAUCCAAAUGAGAAAAAGGUUAACCAAAGAACAACACAACUUUGACAAACUGCAUUUACCAGGAGUAAUCUUCUCAUUUACUCUGACCAACUUAGCUUAGCACUAUUUUUUUUCCAAAUUUUUUUAUGACAAGUCCUCAACUAAUGGAAAUUCAUUUCACAGUUUCCGCCGGAGUCGGCUUCAAGCAAAGGCAACCAAGUCCAACCAAACAAAAAGUUGAAUAGAUGGAGCAUUUACUCUCCUGGUGCGAGACAUAAGCCAAUAAAAGCAUAGAAUUGAUGGACAUGGUGGUGAAUAAUUUAAUCGGCUAUGGAAAUGUUCAAUGUAUCAGUAGGAAAAAUGGGGCCAGUGGCACAUAUUUUAAUGCAAUAUUUUAUGUACUAAUCCAUCAAAGAAGGCAUCCUUUGAAAGUCAUUAGAAGUUAAAAAGAAAAACUUGAAGAUAAGAAUACUUGGUUAGUACAUCAAAAUGAAUUUGUUUUGAGGAAUUAAGAUUUUGAAGUGGAAAGGUUACCUAGAAGGAUAUGUCUAACUCUUUUUUAAAAGCUUGGCUGCUUUCUGCCUCUGUCAAUGAAUUAUAAACAA